AUGGAACAGUCUUCAAAUAUUGACAGUGAAGCACUCUACCAAAUUAUCAGCCAAAUUAGUGGCAAGCCCUUGAUCCACUGUGACACUGUUCGCGAUGAGAAUGGUGCCUUUGUCGCUGAGAACUCGGCCAAUGUUUGUCACUGGCAAGCGGAUGUUAACUCUCUCUUAGCCUAUGCAUUGUCGUGUGAUCUAUCUUCCGAAGAUGAAGUUGCCAAUACUUUGCAGAGGUUGCGCAACAAGAUUGCGUGUAGAGAGGACGGUAUUCCCACUGAAAUCUGCACGUCUUGUGCCGACAUUGUGGCUCUUUGGUUCCAUGAGGUGAUCGGUCAAAGGUGGAGAGACGAGGCCGUCCCUAAGAACUGGGGCUCAGACAUCAUUAUACCGGCCUAA